AUCUCAUCAUCACAAGCCCCAAGUAGUAGUAACCAAUCUCCAACACCUAAAGCUCUAAUCACUUUUGUGAUACUCUCUCCCGCUUCUCGCAUGGCUUUUAAAACAGCUUCUCUGCUCCUCGCGGCUGUGCUUGUUCUCGUCGCGACCUGCACGAGCAACGCAGCCCGCCGGCUCGAAGACGCCACUCCUUCCACGGAGGUGCCACCGAUUCCGAAGGUUGAGGAGCCGCCUAUCCCGAAGGUGGAGGUGCCACCGAUUCCGAAGGUGGAGGUGCCGCCUAUCCCGAAGGUGGAGGUGCCACCGAUUCCGAAGGUGGAGGUGCCGCCUAUCCCGAAGGUCGAGGAGCCUCCGCUCCCGAAGGUCGAGGUGCCGCCGAUCCCGAAGGUCGAGGUGCCGCCGAUCCCGAAGGUCGAGGUGCCGCCGAUCCCGAAGGUCGAGGUGCCACCGAUCCCGAAGGUCGAGAUACCGCCGAUUCCGCACAUUCCGGACAUCCCGAAGGUCGAGUUGCCGCCGAUGCCUGAAAUUCCGACCAUCCCGGAAAUCCCGAAGAUUCCCUUCCCCUUCCACGUCCCGCCUCCGGCCGACGACCAUCCCGCCACCGCAGCAGCACCAUGAGGUGUUACAUAUACAAAGAGAGAAGUGUUGGUGACGAGCCCCGGGUGCUUGUUUCCUGUGCGUGCAUGGUACGUACGUACGUAGAUGAAUAAGAGUUUAAGGAGUCUACUUAUAGUA